GUAUGCGCUGCAUACAGUAGACAGUAUGGCGGACAGCGAAAGUGAUUUGGAAACAGACGGACUUGAAUUGGCCCUGGACACGUUGUGCGACAGACACUGCAGCCACGCGUCGUCUCUGAAAAGCAAAGGAUACUGCUCUGAGUUCUGUGAGUUGGUUGAGGAGUACACAGGGCAAUGGCAAGUUCCUCUCCCUCAGCUGAAGGUGCUGCGGACUGCACUCUGCAGUUUCACCAAAGCCACUGCUGCCUUCCCUGAUGACUGUCAGCACAUCCAUUAUGUUCUCAGCAGUAUGGCCUUGAGUUUCUUUGAACUGAUGCUGUUUUUCAGCAAAGAAGAAUUUGUGGAAGAGCCUUUAAAAGACAUUCUUGAUUCCUUUCAGGAGUGCCACUCUCAGCUCCUGAGGCACCGGAACAUCUACCUUCAACAUGUGAAGCUGAUUAUCAAAGCAGGAGGCCCAUGGGAGAAUCUAGUGCUGCAAGGAAUCCUGAAAGAGGGGGACUUGCCAUUAAAAGAAGUUGAGGACUACUUAAGCUCAGAGUUGCCAGUAUUCUUUGAGCUGCGGAUUCGCUAUCUGCAAGCCUGUGAACGAAUGCAAGAGGCAAUGGCCCUGGCUAAAAGCUGCCUGGAGAAUCGCGAGGCUGGAAAGCAUCUGUACUUCCAUCAGGCCUACCUGACCUGCCUCUACAAGGCCUCACUGCAUGAACACCUUCACAAGGAGAUGGCAGAGAUAGAUGGCCGUGAUGCAGUGGAGAUCAUCUGCAACACAGAGAGCGUUGAAAAAGAUGAGCUUUUGUUGUCGCUGUGUAAAGCUUUCCUUACCCAGCAGCUACACAAUGGAGACAUGUACUACAUCUGGGACCUGGUGUUCAUCUGGAGCAGGUUGCAUCUCAGGGCCCAUCCCUCCAGACAUGGUUUCCGGGCCGAGUGCUUGCAGUUGGCUUCUUCUGCAACGAACGUCAGAGCCAUCUUCCCCUUCAUCAAACUGGUCACCACAGAGCUGGGGGUUGAAGGAGUCCAGGUCUGCGUGGAGCUUUGUGCCAGGGCCUUGCAGCUGGGUGAAGUGCAGGCGGACAGCGUAACCCGGUCCCUUGUCUGCAAGACCAUCGCCUUCCUGCUACCUCACGACCUGGAGAUCUGUCGAGCGUGUGCGCUGCUGGUCUUCUGCCAGGAACGCACCCUGGAAGCUUACCGAACUGUCUGCCUGCUUUACAUGCAUCCUGACCAGGAGCCGCAUCCCCAAAACAGCCCUGUCCGGACCAACGUUCGCUUCCAUAUUUUGCAGAUGCUCAAGGAGCGCCUGUGUUUUGACCCCGAGUUUUGGAACCUCUUGACCCUCAGGACCCACUGCUUGGAGUUGAUGAGUGACAAGGUUAUGAAGGCUGCUGUUCUCAGUGAUCUUAAGGAGGAGGAAGAGAAGGAAUCCAGUGAAGAGCUGUUAAUAAAUAUGUGUGUAAAUGACUCAUGCUCUCACGGUUUCAAUUCCUGCCAGUGCACUGUGGAUGGAGAGACCGAAAAGUGGGUUGCCCCACCAAAUAAUGCUCUUCGGAAGAGGACGAAAUGGCGGAAACGCCUUCGAAGGAGAACCCGAUCUAAAUCUGACGAUGAGGCUGACCGUGGGGAUGAUCCAGAGUUCAAAUACAAUCUCAAAUCCACCUCUUAUGACAAUAAGCCGGUGUAUUCACUAAGACGCAUUCACGCUAACAUUGAAAAUUCUGCUAUUGUAAAAGCCCCCCUGAACCGCAAGAGAGAAUACUUGUCGAGGUGUGUGAAGAGCCAUAUUUUGAAAAGGAAGGGUCGGAAUAAAGGAUGUUUGCAGGGUCUUCCGAGGCUGGAGCAGGUGCAGACCGUUCAAGAGAAGAAGGCCAAAGUUCACGAGAAGAAGGUCAAAGGGAAAGGGGAAAAACGUGGACGGAAGCCGUCACAGAAACUGGAACUCUCCUUCCCUGAUAAUCAGAUCUCCCUCACUGAGGAAGAGUCUGGUUUUGAGGAGAUAACUGACACAGAAGACAGAGAGUUGGAUAUGCCUCACCUGGAGAAUGAAUUUGAACAAAAGAGUGAACAGAAAGAGAAUCAAUUCGAGCAGAUGGAUAACCUUGAGAGGGAAAAUGAACUUGAGAAACAUCCCGACUUGAUCUCUAGUAGCAAUCUCAAUGAACAAACCCAAAGGGAAUCUCCAGCACAGUUUUGUGAAGGUCUUCCUGACGAGCCUCAAGCUGCUGUUCCUUCUGUUGACGCUGAUCCUGAGCUUGAUGGUCCACUCUUGACAUUAUUGGAUUGUCCAAUAGAGCUACACAGCUACUCUCUCAAAUCCAAAAAGCCUGAUCAGGAUAAACUGCAACCUCCAGAAUCCUCGGCACAAGAUGAGUUGAAUGGCGACACACGACAGGAGCCCCAACCCACAGUGGAACCAGACAUGCCAAACACAGAGAUGAAAGCCAAGAGAACGUGGAAGGACAAAAUACUCCGCACUCAACAAUAUGCCCACUUGACUCACCACUGCAACUUCUGCCACAAAGACUAUAAAGGCUUGAAUGUUAUGAGGCAUGCUCUCUCGCACCUUAAGAGGAGGAAACUAAAAUGUAUACUCUGUGGAAAACGCUUUAAACAGCUCCCCUUUGCCAAAAAGCAUAUUCUGGACCACAUUGAUGAAAUGUCCAAGCAGAAACCCCCUGAUAAGCAGCCAUGCACUGAGGACAUUCCAGCUGCUAAUGGAAUAGUAGACAAUGUGAAAAAUACGAGUCAGCCUCCGAAUGAAAAUCCGACUUCCAUUUCCGUUGAGAAACCCUCUGAACAGAAAACUGUAGGCAAAACCAAAAUGUCAAGUCUCAAGAGGGAAGAUCGAAUCAUCAGGAACCUGCGCACACUCAUCAAAAAGACAUCUGUGCUUCACAAAAAGUGCAAGAACCCCGAUGCAAAAAUAUUCAAGCAGGUCGAAUUCAAAGAUGAGCAGGUAAUCAUUAAAGAUGACACGGUGACUGUAAGAGAUCCAUCUGUGGUGGAAAAGGAGAAGCCAGCAGGAGAAAAUGGCUACGGGGUGGACACGUAUCACUUGUGCCCCUCUGAGUCCUGUGAUAGAGUAUUCAUGAGGAUUAGCACCACACUCACAAAGCACGCCAUUAAAUGCCAUAUCAACGAAGAGAAGGUGCUGGAGAAGACUUUUGUGUGGACCAAACACAAGUGCACCCUAUGCCUCAGGCAGAUACAGUUUCUCCAGCAUUAUAAGGACCACAUGAAGCUCCACGAUACUUCUCUCCAGCACUUCUGCUACCAUCUGGAGUGCAACCAGCGCUUCUCGACACUGCAGGAUUUAAAGGACCAUAUUAACACUCACCAGCCCUUCAGACCUCAAUGUUCAGUCACAGACUGUGAGAAGCUGUUCUCAAGCUUUCAAGGUCUCUACGACCAUGAAUGGAGACACUACAUCCCAGCACCUCAAAGGGAGGAACUAGAUUUGGGACCCGGCAGACAGAAGAUGCAAAGUCAAGAAGCGCCGUGGAAGCAGAGAGUGAAGGUUGAAGACACAUGGCUUCAGAGUAAAAAAGGGCCAAGGGAAAGUCCGGUCCUUUAUCACGCAGAGGCCUCUAAUCUUGAGGGUUUCAGAGAAAUGAAUAAAACUGAAGUCCAGCCCGGCAGAGGCAUUGUCCCAGACAGUAAUCAAGACCCGUCUAAACCUCCUAAUUGUUCAGAGAACACAGUCGGUCAUGAGCCCACAAACGACUGCAAAGCCGCCGUCAAUGGACAUCAGAAAGAGACGGGACACAAAUUGUUAGAGGGAAAGACUCCAAGUAAGAGCUCUCAAAAAAGAACGCCCAUCGAGCGGGACGCCUUGAAUGUCCGAGAACUUGUGGAUUUGUCCACUUUAACCGAGCACAAAACCUUCAAACCUGAAGAUCCCGCAUAUGCAACGUUUGUCAAGGCUCCCUUCAUCCGGCCGCCACCCUCCACCUACCUGGAUGAAUCUCGGCUCUCGAUGCGCAAGAGGAGGUCCAAUGAGGAGGAUGCGCCGAGGAAAAAUAUUUACUCGAGUAAUAAGAAAAAUAAGGAGCUUCUUCCAGACAAGCAGCGGCAGGUGGAUAACGUGACCUCUGGGCAGAAGAUCAGGCAUCGCUGUGACAAAUGUCUUUCCUCUUUCAGCAGCAUAGAAGAAUUACAGAAACACCAAGCCCUUAACACCUGCUCAUCACUCUUUGGCUUCGAUUCAGAUGAUGAAAGUUAGUGGUGAGAGGAGCUGUACUCUGCCACCCGGCACAGGGCAAGCAUUUUAGAUAAAGCAACACUGGAACCUGUUCCUUAUUCUCACUACCGUAACUAGUACAAUACCGUACUGAAUACCAGUUUGUAAACAAUGCGGAAAUAUGUGCCAAAAAGUUGAAUUCUCUCCCAAUUAAAUGGAAACCUUUUUUUUGGGGGAUAAAACUAAAACUUUCCUCAAAACAUCAUCAGUGCACGCUUUGUUUUGAAGGCCAAACAAAUACAAAUCUGUGAUGAAUAUAUAUUCUCUUCAUGUGUGAUGAAUCAGUACUUAUUUGCCUUGUCAAACAAUAUUGGUUAUAAAGGAACACAUUAGUUUUUUAUGGCCCAAGACGACCUCCGGAGACCGUUGUCCGUGUACAAAUGCUCUGUUACCUUAAGAUAAGUUGUCAUCACAGUAUUCCUUUUUUAGACCACAGACGGACACUUUUUUUGAAUGACACAAACAUUGGCUGGAGUCACCAUACCUCGGUUAAGUUAUAGUAACCCAUGUUAUAUGUGGCUGAAAUAAAUAUUUGUAUUUAUUUUUCAGUUUGACUUAUUGACACUGAUAUGUUUUGAGUGAAAUAUUUGUUGCAUCUAUUGGAAGCCUUUUAUUUGUAGGAUUAUAGACCAAAAGUUCCCCAAAUUUCUUUCAUGGGCAACAAUUUAUUGUACCAUCUUGAUCAUGUAUUUUGGUGGAGAAUGGGUUGGCUUUUCUUUUUGGCUUUGAAUAGUUUUUCUCUCAUGCUUUGCUGGAAACAUCUGGUGGCAGAGGGUGUCCUAUCGUAGUCCCAUCAGGACUUCUUGAACAUCUGGCGUUCCCACCUGUGGUGUUCAACAUUAUGCCAAAUGGCUCCAAUUUUGUCGUUUACAUUCAGUGUAUCGAAAAAAGUCCUUGCAACUGUAUGAAAAACUGUGAGAAAUCAUUUUGAUUGAUUGAAAGCUGAGCUCAAUGUGUGUUGCCUUCUCUGUUUAGCAUGUUUGUUAAAAUAUUGUCGUCUUCCUAAUGAAUUAUACACAGCCCUGAGUUCUGGUCUUUGUUGAGAGGAUGUAUACAAAGUUGAAAUGACAGUAGCAGUAGCUACGUGGUGGAGUCUUCUCUCCACGUCUCUAUUGUUAAAAUGUAUUAUUCUAAAUAAACCCUCUGAACCGUUAUCUCAUACAGCAGGUUUUCUAACCGUGAGAUGUGGGCUGCUGAUUGGCUUUGUUUACUCGUUGUCUGCUCUUGGUGUGACAACAGGAAUCACUUAAGCCGUCACCAAAUUGUCUGAAAACAUAUGCAUCUGCUUUCAUACUGCAACACUAUUCUCUUCAGUAUGAUUCCCCAUUGCAUUUGUGCCAUAACUAAAUCAGUGUUGAUUAUAGGUAAAGAUAAACAUUAAAUCUGUCAGAUAUUGCCAGUUUGCUCCAAGUUUUCUUUUUACCUCCACAGCCAUGUCUGUCGAUAUGUAGAAUAUUUCACAUUGGUUAUGUGUAUACUCUUGAGAUGGUUGAUCUGUUUAAUAACUUUUUUAUGUAAUGUUUUUACGGGACUGCACACUUAAACCUGCUUAUUUAUAUGUACAAAUGUUAAUAUAUUGGAUUUGUAAAGGUAUUGAUUCCCUAUCUAUUUUUUCUUAAAGAAAGUGAUUGAAUUGUUUUGAAUAAACAAAUUAAACUCAAAGUCUGUCCUUACCAAUGAUA